UGAAGAAUUCGUUUCCUUAAGACAAAGGAGCAGAUUUCAAUAAUCUUGAAUUUGGCCUAUUGCCAUGUCGUCAUGGUUGGGCCGUACCCGUAGAAUAUCUCAAAUGGAGUUUAUGACUUGCUUCUGAGGUUUCACUGCAGCUUAGGGAGAGAUUAAUGGAUUUACACCGUGUUUUGGACAGCAGUACCUCAGCACAUACUGAGCUGGCUGCCACACUGCUACAUUGAAAAUAAUUUCCUGGUGCUCCAUGUGCUUCCUUGCAGAUUUUAGGUUGCACCCCUUGUUGGUUUGUUUGGGGGAUUUUUUUUCGUUGUUGCCUUACAAACUGCUUCUCAAGGCUUUUGCUGAGAAGCUGAUUUUGCCUUCUGGGAGUCGACACCAUUAAGAAGCUUGGUAUGGCUGUGUACGGUGUCUGGGCUUAAAUCGAAUCAGUUUAAUAGCCUCAGCUUAAGGCUCUUUUGGAAGGGUCGAAAGUACAAAAAGCCUUAGUGGAUAACACCACCACCAGCACAUCUGUCAAAGCCAUACCUCAGGAAAGACUUCUUUGUGUCUCAGAAAGGUUCUCUAAUGAUCUUGUUUCACCAUGGCAACCAGUAUGGAGGUGCUGGCUCAGCAGGUAGUGGAGACUCAGCAGGUGGCUGAGGUGCAGACUGUUCAGACUUCGCUAUCUGAAUCUCCAGUGAUGACCAGCCCUUCCCAGCGUAUCCAGAUAAUUUCCACAGACUCCUCUGUAGCUUCACAACAACGCAUUCAGAUUGUGACAGAUCAGCAAACAGGUCAGAAAAUUCAAAUAGUGACAGCAGUGGAUUCUGCCGUGUCUCCAAAGCAACAGUUUAUUUUAGCCAGUCCAGAUGGAACUGGUGCCGGAAAGGUGAUACUGGCAGCACCUGAGACAUCUAAUGCCAAACAGCUUAUCUUUACCACCACGGACAACAUUGUGCCAGGCAGAAUUCAGAUAGUGACAGACUCUGCUUCAGUGGAACGUUUGCUGGGAAAAACUGAUGUUCAGCGGCCCCAGGUAGUAGAAUAUUGUGUAGUCUGUGGCGAUAAAGCAUCAGGUCGUCACUAUGGUGCUGUCAGUUGUGAGGGAUGCAAAGGUUUCUUUAAAAGAAGUGUAAGGAAGAAUUUGACCUACAGUUGUCGUAGCAACCAGGACUGUAUCAUCAAUAAACACCAUCGGAAUCGCUGCCAGUUUUGUAGGCUUAAGAAAUGUCUAGAGAUGGGCAUGAAAAUGGAAUCGGUUCAAAGUGAAAGAAAGCCUUUUGAUGUGCAACGUGAAAAACCAACCAACUGUGCAGCUUCUACUGAAAAAAUCUAUAUAAGAAAGGAUCUGCGAAGCCCUCUUAUAGCAACUCCAACGUUUGUGGCAGAUAAAGAUGGGACGCGGUCAGCAGGACUUCUCGAUCCUGGAAUGCUUGUAAAUAUUCAGCAGCCUUUGAUCAGGGAUGAUGGUACAGUCCUCCUAGCUGCUGACUCCAAGGCUGAAACAAGCCAGGGUGCUUUAGGAACACUAGCAAAUGUUGUAACAUCUCUUGCUAAUCUCAGUGAGUCACUAAAUAAUGGAGAUACUUCUGAAGUUCAGCAAGAAGAGCAAUCCGCAAGUGAGAUUACACGGGCAUUUGAUACUUUGGCUAAAGCACUUAAUACCACAGAUGGUACAGCAGCUCAUACCUUGGCAGAUGGGAUGGAUCCUACAGGAGGAGGGAAUAUUCAUGUAAUCAGUAGAGAUCAGUCAACACCAAUUAUUGAAGUGGAAGGACCCCUACUUACAGAUACACAUGUCACAUUUAAGCUGACAAUGCCCAGUCCGAUGCCAGAGUACCUUAAUGUGCACUACAUCUGUGAGUCAGCAUCACGACUCCUCUUCCUCUCUAUGCACUGGGCUAGGUCCAUACCUGCAUUUCAAGCUCUUGGGCAAGACUGUAACACAAGCCUUGUGCGUGCCUGCUGGAAUGAACUGUUUACCUUAGGCCUGGCACAGUGUGCACAGGUGAUGAGCCUGUCUACCAUCCUGGGAGCUAUUGUCAACCACCUCCAGAACAGCAUACAAGAAGAUAAACUUUCUGGAGACAGAAUAAAGCAAGUCAUGGAACAUAUCUGGAAACUUCAGGAGUUCUGUAACAGCAUGGCCAAGCUUGAUAUUGAUGGAUAUGAAUAUGCAUACCUUAAAGCUAUAGUCCUUUUUAGCCCUGAUCAUCCUGGUCUGACCAGUUCAACCCAAAUAGAAAAAUUCCAGGAGAAGGCACAGAUGGAAUUGCAGGACUAUGUACAAAAAACCUAUCCAGAAGAUACUUAUAGGCUAGCCCGGAUCCUAGUUCGCCUGCCAGCACUUAGGCUGAUGAGCUCUAGCAUUACCGAGGAACUGUUUUUUACUGGUCUCAUUGGAAAUGUUCCCAUUGACAGCAUAAUCCCCUACAUUCUCAAAAUGGAAACAGCAGAAUAUAAUGGUCAAAUAACUGGCACAUCUCCAUAGUGGGAACAAUGCAAUUCAGUGGAUCGAAGUAAUUUUCGUAAAAAACAUAUAAUUACGAAGUUAAAAGAAUAGCAUUUUGGUUUGUGCAGAUAAUUCCAACUCGUUAUCAGUUUCCUGAACAGAUUUCUCCUUGACUCUUUCCUGAUGUUGACAAAAUUUAAGCAGCUACUAAAAGACCUGCUAUAGGACCUUUUCUGCCACAAGGAAUAUUUUUGCUGCCUUUCAUUUAAAAGGCUAUAGGUUACUGAACAUACUUUUCACAUGCUUUGUAUUUAGAAAUUAUCAGUGGUUAAAAAGAGUUUUAUAAUAUCAGAGAUUAGUAAUAAAAUUACUUUAAAAGUAAAAAGAACAGUAUGUAUAUAUUUAAAAAUAUCCUUGGAAUUAAUGUCUAGUAAAUGCCAGGGUAUAAUACUAGCACUUUGUAAUCACUUCUUGUCAAAGUGACAGCAUCAUCAACAUCCUGCUUAUGAGUAUGGAAAAUGAAAAAAAUGCUUAUGUCCUUAGUCAAAAUGCCAGUGAUUUUUGUGAAAAGGUAGAAUGCUAUAGGAGACAAUCAUUUAUCUACAAAAAGUCACUUGCUCUUAUGUUAUGCAUGAAAUAUUAAUGUGGAUUCUUAAAUCAGACAUCCACAUUAUAUGAAACUAUACACUGUUAAAUUAGCACACUUGUCAUUCAUAGUACAAUGCAGUCAUAGUAACUAUUAUGUGCUACAAGAAUUACACCACACUAAGAGGAAAAAAAGUGUUUCUUGCCACAGUAAUGAUGAAAUAUUCAGGUUCCUUAAAGUGUGUAUUCAGACCAACACAAUCACGACACGUGUUAUUCUGAAUUCAGCCUUUUGACUGUGGGGAAAAUCAGUCAUUAACUGGAAGAACAAUAAUUUUCAAGUAGAGCUGUGUGAUGCUUUUUGAGUAUGCUCUUUAUAUUUUCAAAUUUACUACUUCUCUCUAUACUCCUGAAUACCCUCAUCAUCCAGUCACAGGUACGAUUUAAAACCUGAAAUGUGGAGAACCUGUGGCUGUCAGCAAGAGUAUAUUACAAAGCUCUCUCACUUUAUUAACUUCCCACCUCCCUCUCCCUCCCUCACUGAGCACUCCCAGUUUUGCAGUGCUCUUGACCUUCCUGUGACUCAGUUUGAAACCAAAAUAUAGUUAGGAUUUACUCUCAGUCAUGUACGAUUGCAGUUAAUGACUGAUACAUCAUGGAGUUAUAAAAUGGACUACUUUUUAAUUGUCUCGAGUGAUAAGCCAUCAACAUGUUUUCUAGUAUUGGUCAUUAGCUGCUAACAGUUUUCAUUUUAGUAUAAUUUAUUAUUAUGGAAUUCAAGUAUUUUAAACAAUCAAAGUUUUUUAAAAAAUGUCAUGGCAAUUAAUACCCUCAUCUGAUCCUGGCUCAUUAGAUUCAUCAAAUAUUUUAAUUAUUUGUAUUGUAGAGGCAUUUUUACUUUUGUAGUUUUAUGUGACAAAGAUCUGAUUAUAUGUUCAGCACUUUUGUUUUUCUUCUGUUACUCAUAUUUAUUUAGAAACAUCAACCAGGUUGGUGUUCAUGUCUUUUCAGAGUCUGAAUUGGAGCUAAAAGAUCUUAAGCAGCUCUAGGUGAGGCUUCUGAAGUAAUAAAAAGUCCUGACCUGGUAUAGUUCAUGCUCAUUAGGGGGCUCACAUUUGUAGCACUCAGUGUGGAACAGAAAGCUAUUUAAUUUUAACUUCGGGAUGUGUUAAUGUCUUUUACAGUUACCAUUGUUGGUGCAUUCAGAGUCUUCUCAGAAGGGUGUUACAAAUAGUCCAAUAUACAUGCAGAGAUUUGUAAUAUUGCACUUUUAUUUCUCCUGGCUUUUGCUAUAGCAAAUGAAAUUGUCGUGUUAUUAGUGUGAUGGAAGAUCUGCCCUCUGUAUGUGAAGUUAGCUGGACUGCAGAAUUGAGUCCCAACCAUUUGAUUGUGGUGUCCCUGCUGGUGGGAUUGUGUCAGAACUUCUGAUGCACAGUCCCUUUGUUAAGGGUACACAACUUUAAAAUCAAUGGUGAUACUAACAUCAGAAGCAGUACCUGCCUUGGAAAGAGUGGGGGCCAUUUUUGUUAAAAUUUAAAAUUUUAUUCGGUUAUGUCAUAGUUCUAAAAGCAGAAUGCUUUUGAACUAUUGUGAUAUUUUUCAUUGCAAAAAAAGAGAUUAUGGAGUUUGAUUUGCUUUCAGUAUUUCAUAAAAAUCAUUUAAGCAGAUAAGUAAGCAUUGUUAGUGGCAAAUGAAAUAUUCCUUAGCACAAAAACUAGCCAUUGUAAUAUUUGUUUUUAAUCUAAACACACCAGAUGGCUUUUUCUUUGCAAACAUCAUUUCAACUUCUGAUUUUUCAAGUAAAAGGGCCUCAUUUUCUAUACAAAAAUAUUUUCCUAAUUUUUAUUACUUGUGCUGUGAUCAUAACAGUUCAGCAAGCAAAAUAAAGGCAUUAAAAUUUUUUUGGGAACAGAGGGAUCACAUGAAAUAAAAUUUAAAAUAUAUGUCUUGCAUUACAUUUGUAAACCAAAAUGGUGAGUAUCAUGCAGCUCUGUUUGCAAAUAAACUACACUCCCCACAAAUGCAAGUCUACAUAAUGAUCUCCUUGAUCAAACUCUGGUAGUCGCUUACUCUGCAAAUAGUUCCCUGCUUGUUAGGGAUAAAAUAUUAAUUUUUGUAAAUUGAGUAACAACCAUGCAAUCCUAGUUAGGUUUUAUUUAUUGUGCAUGCAUUUAAUAGAUGAAAUUAAGCAGUUCCAUAAUUAAGAUUUGGAUAUUACCUCCUAAAAGCUAUAAAGUCUCUCUUUCCAUAGCAUUAUCAGCAUGAUUUGCUGGCUUUCAGUAGUCAGAACCAAGCUAGUUAGUCCUGAUGCCAUUAACAAAAAGGGCUUUUUCUAACUAUACACUGUUUUGGUUCCAAGACUAACAGUUUGGAUUGUAGAAAUUUGGACUAUGAUGGCAAGUUCCUAGGGCUGAAGAAAUAUUCAGAAUCUAAAACAUUUUGUAUAUUUGAAUAUUAGCUAUAAAUAAAAGGAUAGUUGUGAUGAGUAACCUAAGACUUCUUUCUCACAUUCCGGUUAAGGGCUGUUGUAAAAGUGAGACAAAAAUUUGGCAUCUGAUGGAGACACACUGAAAGGAAUCCUUAAAACACUGCUAUACAAAACUAUAAACCAUCUUCUCCAGUGCAGUAGGGCUGCUUUGCACUCAGUUUCAAGUUUAAUCACAAACUAGUUGAGGUUGGAAGGGAUCUCUGAAGGUCAUGUGGCCCACCCACUCUGCUCAGGUGCUACUGCUAUGUAGCACCUGUUGGCAAGGACUGUGUCCAGGUGUCCUUUGAACAUUUCCAAGGAUGGAGACUCCACAACCUCCCUGGGCAACCUGUGCCAGUGCUUGGUCACCCUCAGAGUGAAAAAGUGUUUGCUGCUGUUUGAGGGAACCUCCUGUGUUUCAGUUUGUGGCCAGUGCCUCUGGUCCUGUCACUGGGCAGCCCUGAGAAGAGCCUGGCUCUGUCUUCUUUGUUCCCUCCAGGUACUUGUACACAUAGAGGAGAUCCUCCCUGAGCCUUCUCCAGGUUGAACAGUUCCAGCAUUCUCAGCCUUUCCUCAUGGGAGAGAUGCUCCAGUCCCUUAUCAUCAUUUUUUUGAACUCUCUGCAGUAUGUCCCUGUCUCUCUUGUACAGACACAGCACUCCAGGUAUGGCCCCAGCAGUACUGAGUGGAGGGGGAGGAUCCCCUCCCUCAGCCUGCUGGCGAUGUUUUGCCUGAUGCAGCCCAGGGCACCAUUAGCCUUCAGCAGAGCAGGGGAGUGUUCCUGACUCAUGUUGAGUUUGGUGUCCCCUGGGGCCUGCAGGUCCUUUUCUGCUGACCUGCUUUCCAUCGUAUGUGGGUGCCUGGGCUUGUUCCUCACCAGAGACAGGACUUUGUGCUUCCUCUCUUUGAACUUCCUGAGGUUCCUGCCAGCCCAUUUCUUCAGCCUGUCACAAUCCCUCUUGGUGGCAGCAGGACCUGGUGGUGCAUCAAGCAGUGGAGCUGCUAAUCUAGCGGUGAUCUGGGUGUCAUGUAGCAGUGGAGCUAUUUUAGCUUGCUCAAAGAAAUCUUCUUUUCCUUGUACAUCCAUCAGAAGAUAGAUCUUCAAGAGGCACAGAACUGAUGAAGGAAUUUUCUGCCAACAGUAUAGGCAUUGUUUGGUAGCAGUAGAAAAGACACAUCUAAGGAAAAUGAGCCUCAGAAAGUCAUUUGGGCUCUAUGUAUUAACCUUUAACAUUAUUUUCAGCCUCUUCUGAUGACUGGACUUUUAGGCUGCUUUGACAUAAGGAAGGUAGAACAGUGCACACAGUACGGCUGCAGCCAAGUUUUACACUGUCUCUGCACAAAAUACAAGGCUGAUGUAGUUCUUGUAAUUUCUGAGCUUUGUUUCAUCCCUUCUGCAAUGACUGGAAGAUGGUAACAGGCUAAUCUUAGUAGCUUUACUUUUAAAUUACUUUUAUUUUGUUUUUCCUUUGAAAGGGCAAACAUUUCCUUAUGGAUAUGGGACAGGAGAGUUUUUUAUUAUUGUAACAAUUAUUGAAAAACUUUCUUGGUUAUUAAAUAUUGUUUUCCUAAAGGCCAAAUUUAAAUGCCAAACUUGUAUGUGUAAAACUUGGAGUCAAAGGAUCACAGCUGCAAAGUGAUUCUAAGAAAAGUUCAUCUCACUGAAACUCUAGUUAGUGCCUAACAUUUACUUUCUCCAGAAUUUUUGAGGUCCUGUUUCUGCAGCUCUUGAAAUGAAAAUAUUUUAACUCUGUAGAAAUACAGUGAUAAACUAUCUGAUUAGAUUUAUCUGAACUUGAGCAAAUGUGUAUAUUAGUCAUAAUUCAUUCAAACAAAUGUUAAAAUUCUGUGCUCACUGAAACUGGGACAUUCAGGGAAUGAUAAUGAGGCAAUAAUGUCCAUUGUCCGUGUGCUUCAUUUGUUUUCCAACUCUUAUGAGAAGGAACUGGAUUUGCAUCUUGUAGGUAAAAAGCAUUUUGGGCUAGCUUUAUACUACUGAUUUUUAUUGCAUUUGUGACAAGUGCAAGAAGGUAUACUACUUUUCUUCCCUUUAUUUACUUAUAUUGGACUAGAGAGACACAACUAACACCAUGUGUAAAAGUCCUCUUUCUCUGCCUAUUUACAAUUUACAAAAGCUGCAAUGCUUUUGGUGUCAGUGGAGUUACUCUGGCAUGCAACUGGUAGAGGAGGAAAAAAUUAUCUUCAGGGAGAGAUCCUUCUAAGGGAUCAUGCAAGCCUUUGUUUUAGCUGCCUUAAAAUGUUAGAUUAUUAGAGCGGCCUAGUUUUCAGAGCACUCUGGGGCAAGAAACUACUGUUGGUCUCCACGUGAUGUCAUUUACCAACCCUCCUUUUACCAUCUUCCGAAGCCCUUGGUUCCCCAGGCAGCCCCAGUGGCUCCAGUGGAGAGCUCUGACUCAGGGUCUCUGCAGAAUCCAGCUGGCUCUGCAUUGCCAUUCCAGUCCCCUUUGGCAAAGGCACGUUCUGAGGCUGUGACAGAGAAACCAAGCCAGGGCUGAAGCUUCCAGGUGAAAGCAGUUUCCUGACUCUUGUUUCUCCUUUGACAGAGACUGUAAAACACUUCUGUGUUUUUUUAUUGUUGUGUAUAGUACACAGGACUCACAGAUUCCUGAGUGAGUUCAGCCGGGAUAUUGCAGAUGUCAGUAGAUUUUCCUGCCUAUUAAAAUUAAGACAGUAGUUAGGAUUCUUCCCUGAUCACCUGCUGUUUAACUAGUAAGAGAUAAUUAAAAAAAAAAAAAGGCACCAAAUAGCAUGAGUAGCAAAUGGUAUUGGGAAUGCAGUUUAGCCAGGAAGAUGGAAGUGGGAAUUACUGUGCUGAGGAUACUGCCCAAGCAGUGCCAAAGCAGCUUCCUGCACUGACAGCACGAGGUAGGGCCCUGUUGGAAUCAAGUGCUGUGAGCAGUGGAACUGGCAAGUCAGUCAGACAUGCACAGGUGUACCAGCAGAUACCUACUGGAUGAUAUCCUGAAAAGAAAAAAAAAUGUUGAUUUUUCUGUUUGAAAUCCCUCUCUUCCCCUCCAGUUACUCUUUAGAGUGCAAAACCAGGGUAGGUUGGUUUUUUUUUCACCUACUCUCAUCCAUAGGAGAAAAAGCAGAAAUGCCAGCAAACACAGGUAGAUUCCCAUCUGUCUCAGAGCUUUGCCACACUGACCCACACAGCCACAGAAGAGCUUUUGCAGUGGUUGGCUCUGGUGAUGAGCAUGGGCCAGCUGUGAGAGCAGCACGCAACAGCUGCAGUCCUGCUGAGGCCAUGGUCACCCUAGGGAGGAGAGGGAUGAGCAGAGGACAGAUUGCCAGCAUCUGCUCAAUCCUGAGUGACAGAAAAUUAGUUUAAAAAACAGCUUUAUAUGAAAAAAGUUACUAUGAGGGCAUGGCAAAGGGAAGAAAAUGAAAACAUUUACUUUUUGCACCUUUUAAUUCUGAAGUUUCUGAGUUGUUUUAACAGUAAAUAUUCCUGAACUAAAUUCAGGUUUAUUGUUUGAUGAAAAAUGUCAUUAACCCCUCUUGUUAGGUAAUGCUACAACCCUACUUCAGUUGCAAUCAAUGUUAUCAACAUUAUGGUGGGAAUUAUUUUUGAAAAAAACUUAAAGCUUUAUUUAUACUGAGGUUGCAAGUUAAAGUAAAAUUUUUUUGUAAACUUUAGAUGCUCUAAAUAUAUUGGACUUGGAAAGCAUCAAAGACUAGAAAUAACUUAUUACUAAGUUUUUUGUUGUGAAGUCAUACACUGAGUUCAUCACAGGUAAUACUGUCAUAAUGUUCUAUAAUUCCCACAGCCUGUUCAAUCCUCUGAGUUACAUGAAUGCUUUGAAAAUGGCUUAUUAUUGUUAAAUUCAUGCCUGUCUCCUUUCUUUUUAAAGGGUUUCAUAGAGUUGUACCUGUCUUUAUUUUGUGCCUCCCACCAUUGUGCAUUUCUGCAUGUUCGGUUGUAAAACUCACUCGAGCAGCUGAUGCAUAUGUACAUAGCUGUAUGUAUGUGUGUAUGAAUGUAUAUGUUUAUACCUCUGCCUGAAUAUAUUCUGUACAGUGUAUAGAAAACCCCUACUGUGUGUAUAUAUGUACAGACAUGGAGCCACUAUUCAUCCAUUCUAUGUGCUAAAGCUUUUUGUUUUUGCUAAUCCAGAGCUUCCUUGUUUGCAUUUCUUAGCCCAAACUAAACUUAUCAUCACCUAAGCAGAUGAAUCCUCCUGAAUUUCAGAGCUUUGUAGAUUUUUUUCUAAGCCAGUCUGAAUUCAAUAUUUUCUGUUCAGAACUGACAAAUGUAUUUCAUGAAUUUUCUGGCUUUUACAUUACUCCCUUCACCUUUUCUCAUUUGACCUGUAGAAGUCGCCGAGUGAAUAGUUAAUUGAGCAUAUAAUGGCUGUUAAAAACAAUUAACAAAUAACUACAGUUAUAGAAAAUACUUCCCUGCUUUCAAUCCAUACUCAUUCUCUUUCAGCCUUCUCAGAUACUCUCUAGUAAAGUUGCAUUUUGCAGUGAAGCUUGGUAAGAGAUUGAUACUCUUUAAGCCUUUGGCAGUGGCAAAUUGAAACCAAACCAACUUUCCCUUUAUUGUUGAACUGUAGCACACGGAACAGGAGACAAUGAAUGCUGUUUAACAAAUCAAUAUUCCUAUUGCCAUAGUGAUCACAUGAAACCAACCUGUGAGUUAAAUACAGACUCAGUGCUCUGUUCACUGGAACAGCAGCUCUGGGACAGUGGUAAUUAAACAGGAGGGACAUUGCAGGUAGCUUGUUGCUUAGCAAGCACUAAAACUUCUUCAGGAUUUUGACAAUGAAUUUCAAUUCAAUCAAGCUGAAGAAAGCUUGAUUUAAUUGUCCGAGUAAUGUCCAUUUUCUUGUUCUUUCCUUGGCCUGGAAUCUGCUCAGCUCCUGCACUGCAUGUGACGUUCCCACUGUCCACGUGGGGCCUGAGCACACAGUUGUGAAAUGAGUUGUGCAGUAAGACAGUUUAUUAUUCAUAAGGAGGACUUAAACAUUUACAUUAUCAAAAUAGAAAUAGUUCAUGUUCUUUUUCCCUUCUGAUGAAGUUACAAAGGGAGCCUUCUGUAAAAUAAAUGUAUUAACUAUGGGGUUUUAAAAAAGCAUUUCACAGACCACGUAGGGAGUUCAGCAAGUCUUGUUUUUGUCAUAUUAAAAAGGUGAAGCAGACUUUUCUGGGCAUUUAUUUCCACUUUCUGUACUCCAUGUGGCAAAGGCUUGUGUAUGUUUAGGCAGAUAAGCAGACAUCAGUCAAAAUAAUGGGAGCUUCUUGCAUGCUCACAUUAUUUUAUAAAGUGAACCACAAGUCUGAGUCUGGCUUUGUGCUUGAAAGGUCUUUGCUGUGGAAAAUGUUAAGAACAUUCUCUUCUGCAUUGGCAAUAAAUGUUUGUAAGCUUUUGUUUCAAAUUUAGGAAAAAAGGGUAACGUUUCAGAACUUAAUUUUUGCGAUUUUCAGCAGGAAAAAUAUUUAAAUUAAUGGCAGGAAUUCCUGUGACAGGUGAUCCUUCAUUGGUCUGGACAAUUGGUGCUGUUUGAACUCUUGCUUUCCUCUUUAAAGGUGAAUGGAAAUCUGAAUGUCUGUUAAUGUUGUACUGCAGGAACAGUUUUAAAGAUUAGGAAGCUAAUUGGGGUAUUAACCAAGAUUAAAUCUGUUAAAAAAUCCAAUUUUUAAUUUGGAAAAAAACCCCCAUAUUUUACAAUUGUCAAGUUGUUUUAUAUCCACAUUUGAAUUGUUUGUAUUCUGAAAGACGAAAUGUUCUCAAAUGUAGUGGCAAUAAAGACUCUGUGAUAAUAAAGCACGGGUCCAUUUAAAGAUAUUUUUGAUGAUCGUAGGUUAAAAGUAGGACUGAGUAAAUUUCAAACAAAAAGAAUAGUCUUUAAGAAGAAAACAUUCUACCUACAGACUGGAUGUGUUAAAUUUUUCAUAUAUGGAAUCAAUGUUAAAUGUUGGAAUAUUUUUAAUAAUUAUUCUGUACUCUGAAGUACAUUGCAAGCCAGUGUUCAGUUUCCUAACUGAAAACUGCACAUUAAGUGUUUUAUCUGUUUGGCACACCAGGGAGUGCUGAGCUCCUACAAAAAGCAAAUUUUUAUAAAAGGAAGCAUCUACUUUUAAUUCCUUGGGAUAUUUUCUGGAUAUCUCUGUUCAUUAUAACUUAGAAAACUAAUGUUUAUGUUAUUUUAUUUUUAUUUCAAGUUAAAAACUUUGCAAAAGUUGUUAAUUUCUCACAGCUUCUUCUGUGAAAUAAGCAUUGUUGUGUGUGAUAGCAUUUAAAAAUAAUAGCAUGUUCUUUUUUUAAUCGGAAUUUUAUAUCUAAUCAAUGUAUUCAAUCACAAAGAGGAAUUUGCAUUGUUGUGUUUGUAUAUAGAGUAUUACAGUGCAUGAUUUAGCUUAUGCAUUUUAUUAAAUGCUGUUUAAAUGUGGCAUUAUGUUGUUGUGGUUAAUACUAGCUAAAUGAGGUUUAUACCAUUAAAGUGAAUUACACAUAUAA